AUGGAGGAGGAACAGGCCGGACGCCGUGCGACAAGGACGAUGUCGAAGCGGAACGAUUGGGAGGGUGGCGCCGGCACCAAAAAAACUAAUGCAUCCGUCGCGCGUGGCAAGGGGAUGAAAAAAGUGGUGGCAAAGAAGGUCGCCCGCGGUCAAAAGAAGUCCGGCAUGAAGGCGGGAGACAACGGGAAGCAACCAACGGCACGCAACCGUGUUUCUACAGUGAACAAAGAGGCAGAUCAUGCCUCUGCUGGAACCGAGCCCGGUCCGACUAACGAGGGCACCAGUGGUGGCAACGAAGAUCCGGGGCGAGGAAGCGCAAGUCUUGCAGUCCCGUCGGCGGAGAUGGAGGGAUCGGCGACGGAGGGCAAUCACGGAGGCGAUCCCCGCGCCGAGCAUGCCGCAACCAAGGAGUCCGAGGCGGCGGCAACGCAACACCAUCUGACGUUGCUCCAGCCGACCGUGGUCGAAGUUUCUGCAGCCGUGCUGGAUAAGGACAAGGUGGGGGAGCUCGAGUCGGUGGGGCUGGUCGGUGGCUCUCCACCUUCUGGUGGACGGGGGAGGCGUAGGCAGAGGAAGAGCGAUGGGGAGGACGAUUAUGACACCGCCGUGCCCGGGGACCUCAUUACGCGGGCGAAAAGGCGGCAGACGACAGGUAGUGCUGACGACGCCGGAGGUGCGGCAGUUGGGACACCACGAGGCGCCAAGGAAGCUAGUGGCAAGGCGGGGGAGGAGGAGGAGGAGGAGGAGGAGGAGGAUGAGGAGGAGGAGGAGGAGGAGGAGGAGGAGGAGGAGGAGAAGGAGGAGGAGGAGGAGGAGGAGGAGGAGCAGGGUGACGACGAGGAGGAGGAUGUGGAGGAGGAGGAGGAGGAGGCAGCAGAGGAGGAGGAGGAGGAGGAGGAGGAGGAGGAGGAGGAGGAGGAGGAGGAGGAGGAUGUGGCGCCAGUGAAGGGACGGGGCGGGCGUGGCAGACGGGUGAGUGGUAUAGGGAAGGAGGGGGGCCGGACUCGCCCUUCCCGAAAGCGCGGGGCAGUUGACGCUGCGCGCGGCGAAGCAGCAGGCAAACCGAAGGCGCGUAAGGUGAAGGUCAAAAGUGAAGGGGUUGGUAAAAAGCAAGGGAGCCAGGGAGCAAAAGGGGAUGGAGGAGGAAAGGGUGGCCGCGCCAAAGGGGUUCCAAAGGGUACCAGCAAGAAAGAACCUGCCGGUAAACGUCGCAGCGUCCGCCAAAGCACCCCGCGGAAAGGUGGCAACAAGAAGGCGCAGGCUGCCCCAAAACCGAAGGGACAGCAGAAAGGGAAGGAGAAGGUCGACGAAUCUGCCAAGCAAGCCCCUCGCGUUACAGGCAUUGGGCCGCCCGUAAGCGUGCAACGAAUGCAUCUAACGAAGGCUGCCGGAAGAGCGAGUGUUACACCGCUCUCCUCCGGAGCACCAAGGUACUACACGCCAUGGGCUGGCCCGAGCAAAGUCGCUGCGACGGCACCAGACGCGCCAAGAGGACAAGAAUCCGAAUCCCCUCCACCCGCCCCCAUCACGCAGUCCCCACUCGCCUCACCCUCAUACCAAUUUCGGCAACUCCACGCUUCUCCUGCCCGGGGCAACGCGGUCUCCCCUCUUGCCGAUCCUUCGCGCGGGCAUCAGGCAGGCAGUCAUGCCAAUCCCUUCCCUGAGCUCCCCUUUUCUCGCCAGCGUGAUAGUGUGAGGGCACACGGGACUGCUGCAGAAGACGUUGACCCCCUUGGCCAGAGGGGGGUUUCUUCACACCCUUUUCCUCCGCACAUGGGUGCCCUAGGUGAAAGUGCGGAGCACGAGCAGUUUGUUACACGGGAGGAGUUCCAGGCGCUGCGGUCUGAGAUGUACGCCAUGUUUGCACAGCUCGGCCUGCGUCGUGGAGUACCUGCCAGCUAUGCCAGCGGGUCGGCAGCCCUGCCUAUGGCUGGUACCCCGCCGCCGAUGAGCGCCGUGGACAAGGCACGAGUGCUAGUGUUGCAGAAGACAAACCCAUUCCCGGUAUGUGGCGGGUCACAUGGGGCGGGUUGGGGUUGA